ACCGACACGGAUAUGGCGACAUCCAGCCCCUGUGUUGUGAUCAGUGAUGAGGAGCAGGGGUAUGACCUGGACCUUUUCUGCAUACCAAAGCACUACGCCGAUGACCUGGAGAGGGUCUACAUCCCACAUGGACUCAUCUUGGACAGGACGGAGAGGCUUGCCAGAGAGAUCAUGAAGGAAAUGGGGGGGCACCACAUUGUGGCCCUCUGUGUGCUCAAAGGGGGUUACAAGUUCUUUGCAGACCUGCUGGACUACAUCAAGGCGCUGAACAGGAACAGUGACCGCUCCAUCCCAAUGACAGUGGACUUCAUUCGCCUCAAAAGCUACUGUAACGACCAGUCGACAGGUGAAAUCAAAGUCAUCGGUGGAGAUGACCUGUCUACAUUGACGGGCAAGAAUGUCCUGAUUGUGGAGGAUAUCAUCGACACGGGGAAGACAAUGCAGACAUUAUUGCAACUCCUCCAACAGUACAACCCCAAAAUGGUUAAGGUAGCAAGUUUGUUGGUGAAGAGAACGCCAAGAAGUGUUGGCUACCGACCAGACUUUGUAGGAUUCGAGGUGCCUGACAAAUUUGUGGUGGGAUACGCACUAGACUACAACGAGUACUUUAGAGAUCUAAAUCAUAUCUGCGUCAUUAGUGAAACGGGGAAGGAGAAGUACAAGGCAUGAAGAGCACACCAAAACACUUUGAUGUAUGGUUAUACCGUCUCCUUUUGCUGUCCUUUUGAAUUUUAUAUUUUAUUACUUCAUAUUCGUGUCAUAAAAAUACUCAGCCUGCUCAGGGUCCCUGACACUGUUGGAGUGAUAAUCUUGACCAUUGCAUUGCCUGUUUUAUCCACAACACACACAACUUUUGAGAAAAUUGAUUGCCUUAGCUAGUAACUCAUCUGGGUUAAGCAGCAUGGAGCCCGGCUUCACCUGGAAUCUUUAUUAGUAUAAUGCUUCUAUGCCCCCCCCCCCACACUAAUUAUUUUUUUUAAGCAAUGCUGCUAGCUUUAAGUACAAUAUCACAAUUGUGCAACAUUAAGAUUUACAACAUUUGGCAACCUCCAAUGAAAUGAAAUAAUUAUUUUAUUGUAAUUCUACUUUUACCUUAAGGAUGACAUUGCAUUUUCUUGAAAUCUACAGUGUAUGUAAAUUUUGGGACAAAACACAUGUUUGUUGCUGAGGCGUGUGUGAUAAGAUGUUUUUCACAUAGAUUGUGUAGAAAAGUAACACAAAUGUUGACUUCUGUCCCUAAUUGAACACAUAGAUUUGCUGAAGAUAAAAUAUCCUCUUAUUUAUGAGUGUUAAUGAAAUUUUAUGUUACACAAAGAAAUUGGAUGCAUGGGUGCUUUGUUCAGACAGAUAUCUUACUUAUGCUGGAAAAUAUGUAUAGGUUACAGAUGUGUAAAUGUUCACUUGAUACUUAUACUGAAGGUAAUAAGUUAUUCAAUCCUGAUUGAACUACUUUGUCUGUAUUUACCGGUCAUUGAGUCAGACAUGAUUUAUUUUGGUUUUUCAAUUUCAACCUUAUAAAAUGCUCUGACUCACUGUAAACCAGUGUCAACUAAACUUUGCAAUACCAGCAAUUAAAUGUUCACACCCCU